AUGGCUACUAGGUUCAUCUUUGCAGCAUCAUUCUUCCUCCUUCUUCUAGAUUGUUGUUCUGGGAGUUUCAUUGGGAUCUGUUAUGGACGAAGUGCCGAUGACCUCCCUACACCCGACAAGGUGGCACAGUUAGUUCAGCUUCAUAAAAUAAAAUAUGUUCGGAUUUAUGAUUCUAAUAUACAGGUCCUAAGGGCCUUUGCCAACACUGGAGUCGAACUUAUGAUUGGUGUUCCAAAUUCAGAUUUGCUCUCGUUCUCCCAAUUUCAAUCUAACGCCGACGCUUGGUUGAAAAACAGCGUCCUUCCUUAUUAUCCGGCCACGAAAAUCACAUACAUAACUGUUGGUGCUGAAAUCACAGAAAGUAGCUAUAAUACCUCUUCAUUGGUAGUACCUGCGAUGAACAAUGUACUUACAGCACUCAAGAAACUUGGGCUGCACAAAAAGAUAAAAGUUUCUAGUACUCAUUCUCUUGGUGUUCUGUCGCGAUCGUUCCCGCCUUCAGCCGGGGCUUUCAAUAGUAGCCAUGCUCAUUUCCUGAAGCCGAUGCUAGAAUUUCUUGCGGAAAAUCAAUCGCCUUUUAUGAUUGAUAUAUAUCCGUAUUAUGCUUACCGUGACUCCCCGAAUAAAGUGUCUUUAGACUAUGCUCUUUUUCAGGCAUCCUCUGAAGUUAUUGAUCCAAACACCGGUUUGCUUUACACAAACAUGUUUGACGCACAGAUUGAUGCUAUUUACUACGCUCUCAUGGCCCUAAAUUUCCGAACGAUUAAUGUCAUGGUCACUGAAACAGGCUGGCCUUCAAAAGGUUCACCUAAGGAGAAGGCCGCAACUCCUGAUAAUGCACAAACAUAUAACACUAAUCUCAUACGACAUGUCAUCAAUAACACCGGUACUCCAGCGAAGCCUGGGAAGGAGCUAGAUAUUUAUAUUUUCUCGUUGUUUAACGAAAACAGGAAGCCCGGUUUGGAAUCGGAGAGGAAUUGGGGAUUGUUUUAUCCGGAUCAGACAAGUGUGUAUAAUCUAGAUUUCACCGGACGAGGUGCGAUUGAUAUGACAACAGCUGCAAAUGUAACCCGGUCAAAUCGAACAUCAUGGUGCAUUGCUUCAAGCAAAGCCUCCGAGAUUGAUUUGCAGAAUGCUUUGGAUUGGGCAUGCGGUCCUGGCGAUGUGGACUGUACUGCUGUCCAGCCUAGCCAGCCUUGUUUUGAGCCGGAUAAUCUAGUCUCACAUGCAUCUUUUGUUUUUAAUAGCUAUUACCAGCAAAAUGGGGCCUCUGAUGUUGCUUGUAGUUUCGGUGGUACAGGUGUAAAAGUUGACAAGGAUCCAAGUUAUGAUAACUGCAUCUACAUGAGAGAUGGAAAUAAUAAAACAUCGGGAGGUAAUGCAAGAGCGAUGUCGUCAACUUCAUCCUCCCAACAGAAAGGAAGAUAUUCUUCAAUUUCUAUAUAUCUUCUUGUAAUUUGUCUCUUCAUUCUAUUGAAUAUUGAACAAUCCUGA